AUGCAGGAUUCUCUUUCGGUCUCGAGCCCUGUUAUCGGUGAGAAUAGUUAUAUUAUGUCUAAGUCGAGCGAGGCAGAAGAUACAGCACCGGUUUCCACAGAUCUUGAGAAGCUCUCGUCUCCAGAUACUAGCAUUCCAAAAGGCCCAGCUGACGGGCCAUCACCCCUUCCCCCAAAUGGAGGGGUGAUGGCCUGGCUGCAAGUAUUAGGAGGAUUUUUUGCAUUAUUCAAUUCGUGGGGUAUUGUUAACGCAUUUGGUUCUUUCCAAGCCUACUACAGUACGGUAUUACUCUCCAAUGAAAGCCAGUCUGCUAUUUCGUGGAUUGGAUCUAUCCAAGGUUUUAUUAUUGUGGCAUCGGGGUUAUUUACAGGUCGUUUAGUCGACGCAGGUUAUGCUCGAUACAUGACAAUUGUUGGUGUUUUCUUAGUCGUAUUCGGAUUUAUGAUGACAAGUUUGAGUUAUUCAUAUUACCAAGUACUUCUUGCUCAGGGUAUUGCUGUCGGAAUCGGUGCUAACUUGCUGUUCAUUAGUGUUUUGUCAGUUGUACCUCAGUAUUUCACCACUCGACGAGCUGCUGCACUCGGACUUGUAGUGAGCGGAAGUUCCCUUGGUGGAGUACUUUACCCUAUUAUUGUGGAGAGGCUACUCAUUGAAGUUGGUUAUCCAUGGACCUGUAGAAUUGUUGGAUUUAUUGCACUAGCUACUGGCUCAGUUACUUGUCUUGUCAUGAAACCAAGAAUCCCUGCAAGAAAGUCUGGUCCUUUAAUUGAUGUACCUUCUCUCACCGAUGCCCCAUUUAUUGUUUUUAGUAUUGGCAAUUUUUUCGGUUAUAUCAGUAUGUUUAUACCCCUCUUUUUUAUUCCUUCGUUUACUAUUUAUAAAGGACACAGCGAAGCCACUGGUAUUUAUAUGUCUUCCGUCAUCAAUGCUGCUUCUGUGUUUGGAAGAACUGUGCCAAACUUUGUUGCAGAUAAAAUUGGCCCUUUUAACACACUUAUUCCUGCUGUUGGGUGUGUUGUGAUAAUAACAUUUUGUUGGAUUGCUGUAGAAUCAUUGGGUGGAAUUAUUGCUUUCUGCAUUUUCUACGGCUUCUUUUCAGGAGUUUUCAUUUCAUUGGCUGCUCCAUGCAUGGUUUCUCUAACCAAGAAUCUCAAUAUUCUCGGAACAAGAAUUGGCAUGAGUUUUUUUAUCACUUCAUUCGGCCUUCUUUGCAGUGGACCAGUGGCCGGUGCUCUUCUAGAUCGAAAAAACGGAGCUUACUUAUAUGCUCAAAUUUAUUGUGGUAUUGCAUCGAUUCUUUCUUUUUCAUGUUAUAUGAUAGCUCGCUAUCUUCUGAGGGGCACGCAGGUGAAAGUAAAGGUCUGA